AUGACUGCUGUUGCAUCCCAGAUUAUCCCCUCCCAGGCCGAGCGCCUCGCGGCGGCAGAUCUGCAGGCCCAGAUCCUCGUCCCGGGCGACGCUGAAUACGACGCUCGGCAGGAUUCGUUCUGGUCCAACACUGCGAAGAAGGUUCGGCCGGCCGCCAUCGUCUGCCCCAAGUCCACCAGUGAUGUCUCUACGGUAGUCAAGACACUGGUGGGAGCCCAGCAACCCUUUGCUGUACGCUCCGGCGGCCACUUCCUCUGGGCCGGUUCCAACAACAUUGAAGGCGGCACCACCGUUGACUUGGGCCAACUAAACCGUGUCGUCUACAAUGCAGCCUCCGAUACAGUCGCCAUUGGCCCUGCCUGCCGGUGGAAAGAGGUCUAUGCGGAGCUACACAAGCACGGCCGUGCCGUUGCCGGUUCGCGCGAAGGCAAUGUCGGUGUCGCUGGCCUGCUGCUCGGUGGCGGUAACACUUUCUUCACGGCCCGUCGGGGCUUUGCGUGCGAUGGGGUGGUGGCUUAUGAAGUGGUGCUCGCCGACGGCCGCAUCGUCAAUGUCGACAAGGAAAACCAUCCAGACCUGUUCCGCUCGCUCAAAGGGGGUUCCAACAACUUUGGUAUCGUGACCGAGUUCACCAUGACGGCAAUCCCAUGCGACAAGGUGUGGGGUGGCAUGACGUUCAUGCCAAAGGAGGCGAUCCCGAAGGCCAUCGAAGCCGUCACAUCCUUCACCGAAAACGUUGCGAACGACCCUGAUAGCAACCUGGUAGCCAUGUGCACCCAUUUGCCCGAUUUUAAGGAUGUCGUUGUGGCAACUCUGUACGCCAAUGUCGCCGGAAUUGAGAAGCCGCCUGCGUAUGAGAAGUUACUAGCGCUACCGGAGAUUCACAACACGGUCAAGAUGACGUCGGUUUCCGAAAUGGCGUUUGAGUACAACGUCCCCCCGAACAUGUACGACGUUUGGUUCACUCUUACCUUGAAGAAUGACCCGCACAUUCUUACCCACGCCUCGGCCUUGCACGACCAGCUAGUCGCCGACCUCACGGCCUUCAUCCCCAAGCAGGACUUCAUUACCCAGUGCCUCUUCCAACCCCUGCCCACCAUCAUGGGACAGAACAGCGUCGCGGCGGGAGGUAACGUUAUGGGCGUGGACCGGCAGCCGCACAACGGCGUCCUGUUCCUCGCCACGGCCAUGGUCAAGACCCCCGAGCAAGAGGCGUUCGCGUACCCCAAGGUGAAGGCGUGGGCGGAUGCCGUGGCAGAGUUUUCACGCGGAAUCGAGGGUGGCUUGUUGGAGUGGCGGUACCUGAACUAUGCGGACAAGUCUCAGGAUCCCAUGGCAAGUUAUGGUGAGGCCAACAUCAAGUUGAUGAAGGAGGUUGCCGCGAAGUAUGAUCCGGAGCAAGUAUUCCAGAAGCUGUGCCCAGGAGGCUUCAAGCUCUCACAGAUCGGAAUGUGA